AUGGCGACAACGAUAAGUUCCAAACCAAACAUGUCCACAAUUCGUGGACAUGAUUUUAGUAUAUUUUUGAUUGAUUUUAUCCUGAGCAUUGAUUCCAUAGAUGAGAAUGUGAAACAACACUGCAGGCGAUUUCAUAAACUUUUAACCGAAGAAUUUGACGCUGAUGAAGUUCAACUGGGGCAAAGCAAGGUACCGAAAUCAUACAGCGUUGAACAUUAUGCUGAUGUUUAUCCUUUACUGCUACAUGUCAGUAGUAUUAGUGCUGGUAUUGUGUUCAAUUAUUACUACAGUUAUAUGAUCAAACAAGCGAGGACUAAUAACAUAUCAUUAAAAUUCACGUUGGAUCACGAAGUAAUGAAUGGCACGGAACCGCCUAGGAAAAUUCAAAUUCAACUUGUGACAGAAAUUGAGAGUUUCUACAUGCACCAACAUGAAAUACCAACUGAUGGAAAUGGAAACAUUCAAGACCCGAUGAAAACCGCACCAAAUACUCUUAGAUCAAGAAAACUUGAUCUCCAUCGGGUGCAAAUAGACGGUAAAAAAGUCGUUUAUGCGGCGACGUCGUUCGAUUUGCCGACAAGGAUCAGCGAUUAUGGAUAUAAAGUAAGGGAGUUAUAUGUAUGGAAUCAGUUUUCAAUCGCAGGUAUUCAAACUAUAAGUUUGCAAGAUCAUGUUCGUAAAUGGAAUGAAGAAUAUUCGAAAAAAUGCAAAUCAGAUGAAAUCCAUGUUGAAGCAGUUUACAUGACGGAAAAAGAUAAAUCAAAGAUCUGUCUACUAGUCGCAAAAGAUUUUAAACUGAAUGUAGAUGAUAUGAGUAGACAUGUUGAAGAUGAUGGCGGCAAAAAAACUCAACACGAUUGUUAUAAACAAUUUAUUAGUGAUCCAAAUAAUUUGGUGACCAAGUGUGGAAAGCAAAUUUCCAAAGUGUUGUAUUCGCCAGUCUACUAUAUAAUAGCUCCAUCUUCCUGUUAUUGUGGAGAGCCCGAUUCAGUUAAAUUGAAAGAGGAAGAUAAGGAUAAUGUAAAAGGUAUUAUCAACGAUCCCGACAAACCAGGAAGAAUCCAAUUGGCCUAUGCUAAUUGUGAAGUGCUGCGCUCCCGAGAAAUGGAACAUUUCAAUCGCUAUUUGCGUCGAACAUUUUACUACGUAGAUGAAGAAAAUGAGAAGGGUGAAAUUGUUCGAGUAUCUAUAGUGGCUGGUGGAUUGUGGGAUCAAAUCAAAGACGAUAUUCUCAGUUGGUAUACUCAUACUACACCAUCCGAUAUGCAAACAACAAAAUCGGCAGAGGAAGAUGUUACAGCGGUUAAAGUUGUACCAAUAAAGCGUUUAUUCAAGCUCGGAACAGCUGAACUCGAGCAAACUCGGUUAUUUAUCGAACGAAGUACUUGGCCCCAACGUGGCAAUUUCAAAGACGUAAUUAUUAUGCUGAAUGGCGGUCUCUCAAAUGUUUCAACACGUCUAUUGAGUUCCAUUCCGUAUUUGAUGUUUGAUUUAAAUAUGCAAAACGAGCCGAAUGACGCUGAUAUUGUGAAAAUUGUUUAUUAUUUAAAAAAUCUCAAUAUAAUGUCCAAAUCGUACACAGAACACUUUGAAAGUAUUGAAGAGCUUAUGCAAGAGAAAGAAGUGGAAUUCACUACUGCUGGUAAAGGAAUAGCAGCGGCCUUUUAUUUUAAUUAUGUGAAACUACUGGUACAAACGGAGGAUCAUAGAAAAAGAGUUCAAACAUUAAAAGAAGAACUGAAUAGUUUAAAUGUGACUAAUAAAGAUAACAUAUUCAUUGAAAAAUGGGUGUUUGUUCUACCGUGGACAACAAAUGGAGCGAAACAACUUUUAGAAACUAAUCAAUAUGAAGAUAUUCAAGCUGAAUUCCAUUUUGGAAAAUUUGAUCCAACGAAACAAGCGCAAAUAUUUCAAAAAGAAGUUCAACACUAUUUUGAUCAGGAGACAAAUACUAACUGGCACAAACACAUCAUACUUCUACCAUUGUCGAUACCUGAUAAUGAUUUGGAGAAAGAUCACACUUCAAAAGCUCUCCUUGAAAUCUUAUGGUCAAAAUUGAACGCCUCAUCUUAA